UUGGAAUUGGACAUGGCUGCGGCGUACCUAUGUUGUUCUUAUGCUUGAAAAAUUGUUGUGAAUAAUAAUAAUAGAUCCUGUUUUUAAUAAUGGGUGCAUCCACUAAAUUCAUAUCUGAUUAUUGUAAAACGUGGGAAAAAUCGGGACGAGAUCAAUUUAUAAAAUCAAUUACACAAUACGUAAAAGAUGAGGGAAAGACGCCCUUAUUUUCAAAAUCCGGAAAACUAUCUGGAUUAUCUCAAAACAUUUAUGAUUUGUUAUCAUGUGGUCUUCGUGGCCUUUUGAAGAAGGAUUCUGUUAUUUCUGUAUUGAAGGAUAUAAUUGUUUCGCAUGCUGACUUACCAUCCAUAUUAUUAGAUGUAGUUUGCAUACUCGAUUCAGAAACAUCUAUGGAUAUUCAUAGCGAAGAGCGAAGUAACUUUUGUUAUUUAGUAAGAGAGUUGGAAUCAAUUAUAUCUGAUAAAUUAUUAAAGGAGCGUUUAGAAAUUGAUACAUUACAAGAUGUUGGUACCUUGAAAAAUAAAAACUUUUAUACAAAAUUUAUUAAAAUCAAAACUAAGUUGUAUUAUAAGCAACGUAAGUUCAACUUAUUUAGAGAAGAAAGUGAAGGAUACUCAAAGCUAAUUGUGGAAUUAAAUCAGGAAAUAUCUGAAAACACUGACUGGAAGACUAUACUUGAAAUUAUUCAGUCCCUUAUAGGUUGCUUCAACUUGGAUCCUAACAGAGUUCUAGACAUUAUUUUAGAAUCUUUUGAGGCACGUCCAAACUUAGAUAAAUUAUUUAUUUCACUAAUAAAGAAUUACAUGGGGGAUCCUCAAGUGAUUUCUGAAGUAUUAGGUUUUAAAUUAGGUAACAUGGAAGUCUUAGAAAGUUAUAAAGAACCACCUGCUCUUAUGACUGUGAUAGCUUUACUUUUACAAAAUGAAGUUAUAUCAUUAGAUGACAUUUAUCCGUGGUUACGUCCAGAUGACACGCUUAUGGCCAAAGAAGCUGACAAAGAAUUAAAAGCUAUUCAAGAUUAUAUUCGGAAACUAAAUAUUGUUUCUACUAAAGGGCCUCAAAGUAAUGCACCAGCUGAAUUUAUUGAAGAAAAAGCUGAUCCCCAGGAAUACUGGAACAAUCAAAAACUAGUGCUCUGUGAAGCACUUUUGAACGUAACGGCUUGGAAAGAGUUUGCUGCACUAUCAGCUCGACUACCGACUACAAGUGGUGCACAACGCCCAGCUAUUGCCCUUUGCAAUAUGCUACAUGCUUUAGUUGAACCGCUUUACAGAAGGCAUUGUCGUAUUGCACCAAAGAUAAUAGGCAAACCAAUCCCACCUCUAAUAUCCAACCUUGCACCAUCACCUUGCAAGACUUUUGAGGAUAUGAAAGAAACAGUUAUACCAGCACUUGUACUGCUUGGACCAUCUCUUCAUUAUGACCCUAUUUUAAUGUAUAAAAUAAUUCGUAUUCUACGAACAGCACGAACAUUAGUAGAAGACCCACUACAUCAUGAAGCAUUAACGGUAUUAGAUACUGCCAUACUUCCAGCGCUAACCUUAAUGGAAGGUAACUGUUGCAUGGCUGAAGAAGUUUACACUUUGCUGAAGUUAUAUCCAUACCAAUGCAGAUAUUGCCUAUAUGCUCGCUGGAAGAAUGAAUCUGGUGAGAAAAUUCCGUCGUUGAUGCGCGUUCGCGGUAACUCCUUACAACGUAUCAAGCACAUUAUGAAACGCGUUUCUAAGGAAAACAUUAAACCUCAGGGUCGUCUUAUUGGAAAACUGUCGCAUGCGGCGUCCGCUUUCUUGUUCGACUACAUGCUUUUGCAGAUCCAAACGUACGACAACCUGAUCGGGCCCGUGGUGGAGUCGCUGAAGUACCUGACGUCGCUGUCGCUGGACGUGCUGGGCUACUGCCUGGUGGAGGCGUUGGCGGCGCGGCGCGGCACGGCGGGCGCGGCGCACCCGCCGGCGCUGCAGGCGCUCGCCGCCUUCGCCGCCGCGGCCUUUAAGAAGCACAACAUCGAGCUCACCGCGCUCCUACAGUUCGUUGCGAAUCGCUUGAAAGCACAACAAAGUCACGAUCUACUGAUUCUCAAAGAGAUAGUACAAAAGAUGGCAGGUAUAGAAGCUGCCGAGGAAAUUACACCUGAACAAUUAGAUGCCAUGGCUGGUGGAGAACUAUUAAAAGGAGAGGCGGGCUAUUUUUCACAAGUUAGAAAUACUAGACGAUCUUCUGCUAGAUUAAAGGAGGCCGUUGUUGGAAAUAAUCUUGAUAUUGCGCUUUGUAUCUUAUCCGCACAACAAAGGCAUUGCUGUGUUUGGAAAGAAUAUGCAGAAGAUAGUCCCAGUUCUGGUGAGCCGCCAGGCUCGCAACUUAAAGUAGUGGGUCGUCUUGCUGACCAGUGUCAAGAUGCACUUGUACAGUUAGGUACCUUUCUGGCUUCCUCGCAUGCUCCUGAUGAGUAUGCGGCUAGACUUCCUCCCCUUCAGGAAUUGUUACGAGAUUACCAUGUAGAUGCUGAUGUGGCUUUCUUCCUGCAUCGUCCAGUACUAGCUCAGAAAAUUGCAGCAAAAGCAGAAGCAUUGAGAAAAGGUUCUGAUAGUAAAAGUGAAUCAAUGGAAAAAAGUAUAGAAAAAUAUAACAUUGCAUCCAGAGAGGCGUUGGAGCCAGUUGUGACUUCAAUAACUCCUUUAUUGCCUACUAAAGUAUGGGAAGAUAUCUCGCCUGAAUUUUAUGUUACUUUUUGGUCUUUAUCGAUGUACGAUCUUCGAGUUCCAGUAGAGAGCUACGAAAGGGAAAUAGAUCGUUUGAAAACUGCUGCCUCGAAUGCUGCCAAAGACACAUCGCAGGGAACAAAAGGAAAGAAGGAACAGGAACGCUUCAACACUCUCAUUGAUAAACUACAGGAGGAGCGGCGGCGCCAGGAGGAGCACGUGUCGCGAGUGCGCGCGCGCCUGCAGCGCGAGUGCGGCGGCUGGUUCCCCGCGCGCGCCGCCAAGUCCGCCAAGAACGAGACCGUGACGCGCCUCAUGCAGCUGUGCCUGUUCCCGCGUUGCGUGUUCACGGCGCCCGACGCGCUGUACUGCGCCGAAUUCGUGCACACCGUGCACGCGCUCAAGACGCCCAACUUCUCCACGCUGCUGUGCUACGACAGGCUGUUCUGCGACAUCACGUACUCCGUGAUGUCGUGCACGGAGGGCGAGGCGGCGCGCUACGGCCAGUUCCUGUGCCGCGUGCUGCGCACGGCCAUGCGCUGGCACGCCGACCGCGCCGCCUUCCACAGCGAGUGCGCGCACUACCCCGGCUUCGUCACCAAGUACCGCGUCUCCAACCAGUUCACCGAGGCCAACGACCACGUCGGAUACGAGAACUACAGGCACGUGUGUCACAAGUGGCAUUACAAGAUCACGAAGGCCAUGGUGGUGUGCUUGGACUCGGGCGACUACGUGCAGAUUCGUAACGCGCUUAUCGUACUGAUCCGCAUCCUGCCGCACUUCCCCGUGCUCGCUAAACUCGCGCAGAUCAUCGAGAAGAAAGUCGAGAAGGUUAAAGAAGAAGAGAAAACGCAAAGACAGGACUUAUAUGUUCUUGCAACCGGCUACAGUGGCCAGCUACGAAACAAAGUUCCUAUGAUGAAAGAGAGUGAUUUCCACCAGAUCGUCAACUUGCAGGCGAGCGCGACGGGUGCGGCGGGUGCGGGUGCGGGCGCGGCGGGCGCGGGGGGAGCGGGCGCGGGCGGCGCGGCGCGCGACGACGCGCCCAAGCUGCGCGACGACGAGCUGCAGCCCGCCGAUGUGGAAAAAAAAGAGCCGAGGACGAGUGAUAGACGUCGCGAUGAUUCGGACCGUGAGAAGGAAUCCAAACGUGAAUCGAGAUCGUCUUUGAAGGAGAGAAACAAAGAGGAAAUAAGAAGUAAAGAUAGAUCUCCAAGAGAUAGAUCACACAGAGAGGAACGUUAUUUAGAGUCCGUUUCACCACCUCAUGAUCACCGUCAUCCACCCGAUGACAUAGAUCGAGAUGUGAAACGCCGUAAAGUUGAAAGCAGCGGCAAUGGCAAGGGUAGCAAAGAAAUAGAAGAGCGGUCACCAGAGAAGGAAAAGAGAAAGGCUAAACUAAGAGGGGAUGAAAGGAAAGAGCGUAAGAUGAGUCGAAAGCGGGAUCGAGCUGAAGAUUCAACUAUUUUAGAACAAAAGAGACGUCGUGACGAACAAAAAGCUGUUGCCAAGAUUAGCAGUCAUCAAAAUGGCUCUCAAGAAGAUCAUCACUACGAAAAAUACCACAAAAGGGAGAAGUCACCUUUUAGAGAUCGUUCACACGAAGAGCCAAGAGACAAACAUAGGCGGUCCAACGAGUCGAAAAUUAGAAGAUAAGCAAUUUUGAACAUACUAACAAGUGAAGAAAAUAAAUUUUAUUUCGAAAUUUAAUUUUGAAUCUUGUUGGGAUUUGACAAACAGUAUGUGUUUAUAGUACUGUAAUAAAAUAGUACUUGGAA